UAAUGAAAUCAUUCAUUAUACGGGGAUAUCUCAAAGUGCUAUUCGUGAAAUGUCAUUAUGUCGAGAAUUAAAUAAUAAAAAUGUGAUUAAAUUAAUUGAUAUUAUUCUUGAAAACAAAUCAAUUUAUAUUAUUUUUGAAUUCUGUGAACAUGAUUUAUUACAAAUUAUUCAUUAUCAUUCUCAUCCUGAAGUUAAACGAAUUCCUCAAACUACAGUUAAAUCAUUAAUUUGGCAGAUUCUUAAUGGAGUUACAUUCUUACAUCAAAAUUGGAUUUUCCAUCGUGAUUUAAAGCCUGCUAAUAUCAUGGUAACUUCAAAUGGAGUAGUAAAGAUUGGUGAUUUAGGGUUAGCUAGAAAAUUUAAUAAUCCUUUACAGAGUUUAUAUACUGGAGAUAAAGUGGUAGUGACUAUUUGGUAUAGAGCUCCUGAAUUAUUAUUAGGUGCUAGACAUUAUACAUCUGCUAUUGAUUUAUGGGCUGUGGGUUGUAUAUUAGCUGAAUUAUUGUCAUUAAGACCAAUCUUUAAAGGUGAAGAAGCUAAAAUCGAUAUUAAUAAUAAGAAAUCAGUUCCAUUUCAAAAGAAUCAAUUUCAAAAGAUUAUUGAAGUAUUAGGAACUCCAACUUUAAAGAAUUGGCCUCUGCUUAAUAAGUAUCCUGAUUUCCCAGCAUUUCAACAACAAUUAACUACUAAUUAUACUUGUAAUAUAGAUCAAUGGUAUAAAGUGAUUGGUGGUACGAAUAAACAAUGUCUUGUAUUGUUGAAAGGGUUAUUAGAAUAUGAUCCUCAAAUAAGAUUGACGGCUGAUACAGCAUUGAUUCAUGAUUUCUUUUUAGAAUUACCUAAAGUUCAAGAGAAUGCCUUUGAAGGAUUGAAUUUGAAGUAUCCUAAGAGAAGAAUUUAUACUGAUGAUAAUGAUAUUAUCUCGAAUCAACAACAAGGACAUCAACAACAGCAAGCAUCUCAGCAACAGCAACAACAGCAGCAACAACAACAACAACAGUUACAUCAACAACAACUGCAACAAGUCCUGCAACAACAACAAGUUCUGCAACAACAACAACAAAUCGAAUCGCAAUUACAAAAUCAAAAUCAAAUACAAUCGUUACAACAACUUCAAUCAGACUUGCCGUAUAAGAGACAAAUUGACGAUAAUGCAGGAACCCGUAAGAGACAAAGGUAGACUAUACAUAUAUAUAUAUAUAUAG